AUUCAACCAGGAAACUUUGCGGUCUUCCCUACACUGCGUUCCUCCUCCACUUGUGUCCGACCUAGACCGCAAAGCGUUUGAUAGCAUUUCAACAAGCUUCUCCAGGCGAUGCGUCUUUCUCGCAGAUCAAAAGCUUGAUAAGAAUGGAUACUGAUCAAGCACUAAAACUUCGUCAUGGCGACAACACAUAAACGGACUCGGACUGGAUGUUGGACGUGCAGGGAAGCUGGCUAUAAAUGUGAUGAGCAGAAACCUUUCUGUCAACGAUGCACAAGACUCAAGAUCAAUUGUAAGGGCUAUGGUAUUAGGCUCAAAUGGCAAGAGCAACCUCCCGAAAUGGUGGUCAAGAAACCGCGGGCUAAAAGGAAGAAGAAGAAGUCGGAUGACAGUAUCUCGACUCCAGCAAGUAUAGCCAGCGAUACAUCAGCGUCCUCUACAUACACUGCUUCACCGGAUACGAUGGAAACGACUAUGUCCGUAAUUAGUGUACCACGCACGCCAGCUCAUGGCACAGGUCUCAGCCCGGACACCUCUGCAGGCGAUAGAAGACUGCUUCACUACUGGGCCGAACGACUGUCUUCUUUAAUCUCAAUUGCACCAAGAGGUGGCAAACCAACACCAUUUCAGCUCCACCUUACGUCAAUGGCAUACGACUCGGCUGCCCUUAGAUCAACUGUGCUGUCGAUGGCAGCAAAUCAUCUGGCACUACAGACUUCCGAGCCAGCACUACGCUUUCAGGCUUACCGUCAUCAAAGAGAUGCUAUCCAUCUACUCCAAGCUCUCAUCCAGGAUCCUCAACAGGCACACUCCGAGCCUGCGCUUGCUACUGUGCUUAUGAUGCAAGUCUCGGCACGGCUGUUUGGGGAAGACGACGAAGCCAAUGUAGUCAACCAUCUGAUGGGAGCGAAAGCAAUGAUCUCUCGACGAGGAACGGAUUCCUGGCUGAAUUCAUCAAGUGCACGGUUUCUUUUAAGUCUCUUCGCGUACCAUGAUAUCCUGUCGUCAAUUUCACGAGGCCAGAAACCGUUGUUCAAUCACGAUGCAGAGUUCCAGGCUGUUGAAGGAGCAGACGACAUGCAAAGCAUAGCUGCAGUACUCUUGAUUGUCGCACGCACAAGCCAACUUCAGUACGCGAUAAAGAUAAGAAGGGAAAAAGGCGGAGACUACGCACUCACCGAAGACGAAGAUAGCACUGGGCGGACUCUGCAGCAAAAACUGCUAGCCAUGCGGUUCGACGCCCAGCACAGCGACUUAGACAGCAAUCCAGACAUCAGAUUCACAGCCGAAGCCUACCGACACGCCGCGUUCAUUUACCUCUAUCGGACAUGGCUCGGAGUCGGCGCUCCAAACCCUAUCAGUGUUGAGCACAUCCAGAGCUGCCUCGUGUACAUAUCUCGCGUUGAUGUGACCUCGCCUCUCACCUCGGCGCACGUAUGGCCACUGUGGUCGGCAGGCUGCGAGUCUAUCGGAAGGGAGCAGCGGCAGUUUGUACGAGACAGGUUCCGCAGUAUGUACGUGUCGAAGCUGUUUCCAAGCUGGAACCGAGUGAUGCGCGAUAUGGAGGAUGUUUGGACAGCAAAAGACGAGGAGGAGAGGAUGGAGGGGCAGUAUGGAAUGGAGAAAGUGGAUUGUAUUCAGGUUAUCUUGAAGAGGGGAGGCAGAGAGGUCGACCUUGCCUAGAUGCAUACCUCUGGCCACUUGGCAUAGUAGACUGUUGUUGCAUGAUUUCCGAACACCAAGAAUUUUCUUGGAUUAAACUGUGUUAGUAUGUCACCUAAACUUUCUGAGAACGUUCAGUCAUAUGCAUAAGAGUGAAUAUCACGAUGUUCGUCUCAAGGGAUGGUUAUCGUCGCCAUGAUGUACAGUAAAGCAUGGAGCCAAUGAACGCGGU